UUCGACUCUCGAGUUUUACGCAUUGAAUCAUGGGGGAUUCUCCUGCAUGUUUCUUUUACUACCGUCCGCCAUUAAAGUUGCACAGUUUCUGCCUUUUACAAAAAUAUCAAAAUGCAAAACGAAGCCAAAGAAAAUGUGGAUUUAUACAUCCCAAGGAAAUGCUCAGCAACCAAUUCAAUUAUAUCAGCUAAGGACCAUGCUUCAGUGCAACUGGCCGUUGCUGAUGUUGAUGAAGAAGGCAGAAUGACUGGUGGUUUCAAAACCUAUGCAUUCUGUGGAACAGUCAGGGGAAUGGGAGAAGCUGAUGACUCAUUAGUCAACCUCUGUCUCAAUGAUGGUCUUCUUGGAAAGAAGUACAACCAAUAAAGGAAUUGUUGUUUAUUAAAAUGUGAAAGCAAAA